GGCUGCCGAGGCCCUUUCGUCACGCGGCUGAAGGGGCUUUUUUACUGGAGGUUUCUUCCUGUCAGCGACACAUGUAGAACAAGCAGCUAACGGGACCCAGAGACCAGAGCAGAGGACAGUCAAUUACAGCUUCUCUGCCUGCCUCCGCGUUUCUGUUUUUCCUCCCUCCCUCUUCUCCACGCACUUCUCCAGCUCUGUGGACACAACGGCAUGCGCAGACCUGUAAUUACGGCUUGUGAUGGACUCGUUUUUGUUCCAGCGAGAAAAAGAGCACUAAAAGCGGCAGCAGCAGUUAAACGGGAAGCAUCCAGUGGAAAUACUAUCUGAUAACUCCAUUUGCUUGCUGAAGAGCCGAGCUCGAGGGUUUCGCUGCCGCGCGGAGCUGGAGGCCGACGACCGCGCGCGGUGUCGCGUCCGCUUUCUACCUGUACUUUUUUGGGGUACUGUUGUUGCAGCCUACCUGUUCGCCUACCUGCCAUUCAAGCCGUCAACUUUACAGCCAUUACCCUGAAAGGAGACAAACGAGGUACGAUGGUGAAUCCCGGAGGCAGCAGCCAGCCACCACCGGUGGGCACAGGUUCUCUGUCCUGGAAGCGGUGCGCCGGCUGCGGGGGCAAAAUUGCGGACCGUUUCCUCCUUUACACCAUGGACAGCUACUGGCACAGCCGAUGCCUCAAGUGCUCCUGCUGCCAGGCCCAGCUGGGUGAGAUCGGCACAUCGUGCUACACAAAAAGUGGCAUGAUCCUCUGUAGAAACGACUACAUCAGAUUAUUUGGGAACAGCGGAGCUUGCAGCGCCUGUGGUCAGUCUAUUCCAGCCAGUGAACUGGUGAUGAGGGCACAGGGCAAUGUGUACCAUCUCAAGUGUUUCACAUGUUCCACCUGUCGGAACCGGCUCGUCCCCGGGGACCGGUUCCACUACAUCAACGGCAGCCUGUUCUGCGAACACGACAGACCCACAGCGCUCAUCAACGGCCAUUUGAGUUCACUGCAGACGAACCCGCUGCUGCCCGACCAGAAGGUGUGUUAGGCGGGAGCCGUGCAGGAAGCAGGAUGUGUGCCUUCAUUUUAACCCUUACCCAUUGACACCCGAGACAGUGUGGAUCAGCAGCACCCCGGCCUUUUUAGCUGUGCCCCCAGGCCCUUUUGUCCUAAAGGAAUCCUCCUCACAUCUCAACCAGUAACCUGACUUUUUAUUUCUGCAACUCAUACCCAGCGCUCAGCCUUCAAUCCUUGGCUUUUCCCCAACUGUGGGUGGAUACUUGCACUUACUACACCUGAAUCGGGACACUGCGGACUCUGUGACCUUGGGACGAUUUAAAGGGGGGGGAAAAAAGAAAAGUGAAAAAAGGGGGAGACCGAUCCGAAUCCUAGAGGACUCUACGGGAGGAGAAAAUUAAACAACGUGACGAGACUAUGUUGUGACUGAAGAGAAGGAACGAGACUAAUGAGGUUUAAAAGGCGCAGGCUUUUCAACUCUGCACAUUUGUUUAGAGACAUUUUGGGGGGGAAACUGGGACUUUUUCAUUUUUCCUCUCCUCCUUUUCUAUCCUCAUUUCCCAGCAACAUGGUGUUUCCACUUUCUAUAUUUUAAGUGUUGUCAAAGGGGAAUGUGUUUUUUGGUUUUCUUUCUUUCUUUUUGGUGGUAUAUAUCUAUAUAUUAAGAUGGGGUUUAAAAAAAAAUCUGUGGCAUUUUGUGGAAAACAAAUCAUGAACACUCUCUUGGUGUAUUUGUAAAACUACCAUGUAUGUACAGUAUGCAUGUAAAUGUCGUUGUCCAGGCGUGGCUACAGUACAUCUGACCCCUCCGCACUCAGCUCCUCCCUUUGAAACUCAUGGCAAGCUGAAGAAAUUUGCUCAUAGUCAGUAAUGUAGAGAUCAUCACCAACAUUUAAAUGCUGAAUGAAAGAGAAAUUUAUUUGUGAUAUUUUCCGAGACAUUUGCUCCAGUAUGGUGUAUUUAAGUAAUAAAAAUAUUGAAGAUUUAA